GUCAGUAUUUUAUCGCACCUUGGCGGGGUGCGCGUAUGCGUUCCUGCCCGGACACCUUGCUGUAGUUUGCUCGCGCGGAGUCUCCCUUGAUUUGUUGCCAAACAGAGCUCCAUCGCGAGCUCCAGUGCAGUUUUCGAAGUCAGCUUUUUCCGCUUGUUGCUCUGUAGCCUUUUUUUACCGGGCAGCAUGGCAACCGGCACGACCGCUAACGGACGUCUCAUGUUCACCCAGACUUCCUGCUAUCUCUGCAGCGAGUGGCUGGAUGAUUCGGACGUCGAGAUCCAUUUACGCAAGUGCCGCCGACAGCAAACCGUGUGUCCGAACCGUUGCGGAGCCAUCGUCGCCAAGAAAGAUCUUCAGCUGCACAGCAACACUUGCCCGAAGAGCUACGGUAUGGAGUCGUCGAACGAAACGUCGAACGAGUACGUCACCCCGCCGAACGAGGAGCAGGCCGGGGAGGAGUUAUCGGUGGAGCAGGUCCUCCAGGCGUUGGAGAAUGACAUUAGCUCCAUCCAGCUGCUGCAGACGGCGCAGAAGGAAAAGCACACUGACGUGCAGAGCGAGCUGGCCCAUCUCAAGAAUUACUACGACGUGUCGCAUCGCUGGACCGGCAAGGUGUACGAAUCCAUCGUCGCGAUGUACAAGAUGUGCUACCAGGACAAGAUGCAGCACUCGCUCGAUAUUUCCGGGUUGCGGGAACAGCUCAAGGGUACGAAUGAGUGGCGUACCGAUAUGAUCAACCGGAUUGAUGCAUUGGAGAAGACCCUAUUCUUCCUCAAGCAGGACCGGGCAGCGAUCGAGCAGGAGGCAGCCGUGUCCUGCCUGACGGAGCAGGCUGCUGCCCUGUCCAUGGGGCCGGAUGAUGGGCAGCAGCCCUCGACAUCGAAAGCCUGCCAGCCGCUGGCACUGAGCGAGCUGAACAGCGCACCGUACCACACGCUACCGGCAGGCUCGGGCGACUCCACGUCCUCCUCCUCCUCGAUGGAACCGGUGGUGGAGGUGAAGGGUCCGAUUAAGGAAAUACUGGACGACAUCCACAAGUACCAGGUGAAGCUGAACUACAACCAGAAGGACAUCAUGAUCCGGCUGUUCGAGUGCGAGGAGCGGGUGGUCGAGCUGGAGAACACGCUGAAGAAGUGCCGCCGCGAAACGUACCACACCAAGCAGCGCACCGAGGAGCUGCAGACGAACAUGCUGAUGGCGAACAACCGGGGCACGCCGGCCAGCGAGAACGGCCACGUCAUGUGGCGCAUCGACAACUUCGCCAACCGUUUGCAGCAAUCGAAGGAGCUGGAAACGAUGAUGAAGGGUCCGAUCUUUACGAAUCACCCCUACGGAUACAUGCUGCAGCUGGAGGCCAGCCUGUACGGUAUCGGGACGUGGCGCGGGCGCAAUCUGAUCGCCGGCCUGACCAUCCUGCCCGGCCCGUACGACGAGCUGCUCGAGUGGCCGUGCCGGCUGUCCGCCACCAUCUGUGUGCGCGACCAGGCAGCGAACCCGGCCGAGGCCGUACCGAUCUACAAACCGAUCGUGGCGAAGGUGAAGGGCCAGCGGGACAAGAACCAGCACUACGUGUACGUGCCGCACGACCAGCUGUACUCGCGGGGCUACGUCAAGAAGGAUACGCUCUUCCUGGAGGUGUUCGUCGGGGAGGAGGGUAGCGGUUCCAGCGAGCUGUAGCGAGCAGCCGGUAACAACGCGAUCGUGGUGGACGUGGUUUGGCCGCCGUAACUCUCCACAAGGCAGCUACGCCCAGCGCGAUGACAGUGGUAAUGACACCGGCGAUGUCAGGGCCGGGUAGUAGCAGGCAACGAACUCUGCACGCCUACGGAACGCUCUCAAACGCUGGCCAGAGCAACCUUCGAUUGUAGUAUUUUUUUUUAUAUUUCACUUAUAUUCAUUUCCAUUCGCACUUGUAUUACACCAUUUCCCAAGCACAGGUCAACAAUGUUUAAGCUGCUUUUGAACAUUGUUCUACUGUAGGUAAACAUUUGACGUCCAACUGAAGUACUGAUGCCUAUCGUAACUAAACAAGUGAAGCCCCUAAGAAGAUCCUGUUUACUGUGUGGAGUUUAGACUUUUGCUUGUGUAUUAAUUUUCAAAAAUCAUUUGAAUUCUUUUGCCUAUAAUUUAUUCCAAUUCCUUUUGAAUUAGAAAUUGACUAUUCAAAAAGAAAAAAAAUCAAUUAACAUGAAGCUCUUAACAAUUUUAUUUCCACCUAAUAAACAUCAAAGCAACGAACGCAAGUAAUAUAAACGUACGUUGCGUCAGAGAAGUAUCAGUAUUUCAGUUGGCCGUCAAAUGUUUACUUAUAGUUUUCUAUUUGUUCAUAAUUUCCUUAACAUUGUUGACUUGAGCUCAAAAAAAAAAACGGUGUAUAUUGUACCGUUUUCCAAGUCCAAGUAAACAAUGGUAAUAUGCUUUCGCGCCUUGUUCUUUAACCACUAUAACCUUCUACUGUAUAAGUAAACAUUUGACAACUGAACUGCUGAUGCCUUUCUGAAUAUUGUUCAAUCGUAACAAACCAAUUGGAAUUCGGAAGUGAAUUCGUUUGCCUGUUGCAGUUAAGCCUUUUGGUCGUGCCUUCCUGUACAAAAUCAAUUAGAAUUUGUUAGUCAAUUGCAACAAAAUGAACAUCAAAGAAAUGAACCCGUGUUUAGACGUUUAGUUGUGAUUGAAUAUGAUUCAGAAUGGCAUCAGCAGUUCAGUUGGACGUCAAAUGUUUACCUAGAGUUGAACAAUGUUCCAAAGCACCUUAACAUUGUUUACCUGAGCUCGAAAACGGUGCAUGCUCUCGCACAACGUCACACGCCCCGCCAGUAUCAAAACGGGGCUGAUGUUAUCUUAUCGAUUUAGAUUUUCAUAGUGGAUCUGCUUGCGGCCAUGGUAGCCAUGGUAGCUCGCGGCACUGAGGCAGCAUAUCUCCGGCGCGAAGAAAGAGCGAAACCCGUUUUACGCUCUCACUGGUUACUCGUCCGUGCAGCUUUUGGGCUGCCUCAGGUGCGCUUGAGCAGCGAAGUUCGUCGCGAAGAAUGAGAGAAGAUUGUGCUUUUAAAUUUAUUUAUUUAAAACAAAAUGCAGCAAAUUGUCCCAUUUGAAAAAUUGAAAAAUAAUUAUAAAAACGCAAACAAACAACAAUGACACUGUAACGUUUCGGCAGAACAAUAAAGCACCGACGAGCGCGCCAACCGCGGCAGAAUCCGGAA